CAAAAAUCCCUGUACAGUCAUCAACGGAGAAACCCUAGACUUUAUUAUUAUGAUCUGAACUCCAGCCAAAGUUCACCCACAACAAGCUUCUGCUUCGUCGUUGAGCCAAAUUCUCUGCGCAAUACCCAGCCAACAUGGCACCGAAGAAGGAUAAGGCUCCUCCUCCGUCAUCCAAGCCUGCUAAAUCUGGCGGAGGAAAGCAGAAGAAGAAGAAAUGGAGCAAGGGAAAGCAGAAGGAGAAGGUGAAUAACUUGGUAUUGUUUGAUCAGGGAACCUACGACAAGCUUCUUUCAGAAGCUCCAAAGUACAAGCUUAUCACUCCUUCCAUCCUAUCCGACAGAUUGAGGAUCAAUGGAUCAUUGGCACGUCGGGCAAUUAAGGAUUUGAUGGCGAGAGGUUCAAUUAGGCUCAUAUCGGCUCAUUCUAGCCAACAGAUAUACACUAGAGCCACAAAUACAUGAUCAAAGAGUUUCUGUUUGCAAGAGGGACAUCUUGUUAUUUUUUGUGAGGCCACCAUGUCAGGAGCUAAUAAUAUCUAUGGUUUUGAACAUUAUCUUCUGCAUCUGUUGAAUGAUGUUGCAUUGAGAACUCGGAUGAAAAUUAUUUGCAUUGCUCAAACGUAAUUUUUGAAACAUUUUCUUAUCUGUGGCUUGGCAAUUCACUGUCACGUGGUUUAUGUUCUGAGCUCAAGCAAUUUAAUAUGAACAAGAUUUGUGAAUUCCUGUUUGAGGAAAUUACAGAAGUUACAGCUGUACUUAA